CGAAGCUAUUUCAACAUGGCGGAUUUUUAGUGAAACUUGGAGAUUUGCAAACUCUUACAAAUUUAGUCUGUUUAAAAUGGCAGAAUUCCCUGACUUUGGAAAGCAGUGUGAUGUUGAGAUUUGUAAGCAACUUGGUAGGUUAUUUCCCUGAACUCUAUGUGUACUUUCUUUUACAAGCUGCUAAACUUUUUCAAAGCGAACAGAAUUUUCUUAUUUUUUUGCGUAGAUUUUCUUCCAUUUAUUUGUAAUGGAUGCUCUGGUACCUUUUGGUAAGUAUCAUUAUUCUGCUUAUCCUAUUUAAUCUAAUACCUAUGCAAACAAUUUUGGAAACCAACGCUUCCCGUGAACAAUCACGGCAUUGGAAAAAUGUGCUGUACUAAAAAUAUUAAUUAUAGCAACGUUUAGUUAAAUAAAUACAAUGAAUUACAUGGUGUGUUCAUCAGUGCUGGAGUAAUUCUUAUGUUUAGCGUCAACUGAGAUAGUGUUUUAUUGCAUUGAAAGGUUUAAGGCAAAAAAUUACCGUACUUUUUUCAUUAAAAGUAAUUUAUGUUUAUAAAGUGUAUUAAACGUAGCACACAUUUUUAUAGUCCUGUUUGAAGGGUUAAGUUAAGAUUUCAGUAUUAUCUGUAAUAAACCUUGCACUUUUUACUAUCAGAUCUAAGAUUUGAUUUUGAUAUUUGAUACAAAUAGAAACUGAUACAGGUUUUUUUUUUUUCACAGUUUAGAACAUCGCUCAAAGUCAUCACACAACUGCACUGUUGAUGAUCAAAAAUUUAAGGUUCAAAAACAUGUAUAUAGUUUGAUGUGUAUAUAACCUGUACAUAUUGAAGGAUGGAUUUGAGAAAAACUUUUGAUUAUUAAUGAAAAGUAAUCAUGAAAACAUCGAACCCUUUAACUCCCAUGAGUGAUCAAGAGAGAAUGUCUCUUUACAGUGUCAAUGCAAUAUAAAGUAGACAAGUGAUGAGAGUAAAGAAGAGUAAAGAUCAGGAGAUUUUUAAUUGAUCCAAUAACAAAUUCUCCAAACUAACAUCAUAAGAAUUGUAUGGCAGAUACUAAGGAGAAUAUCUCAUUAGAUUGUGGGAGUGAAAGAGUUAACUGAUCUCAGCGCCGUGAUUUUUUUCUGCAUUGUUGUUGUUAGGGUACCUUACUUUAUUUUAGACAUGGCAGCAGUCAUCAAGUGUAGGCGAGGUCAAUAAUUAUCAUGUUUAACAGCUGUGGUUUAAAGUGUUAUCGAUAUAUGAAAGGAAGAUUUAAUUUCCAUUUGUUACAGGGAGAUCCAUCAAAGACUUCAGUUUCAAAUGGUUGCUUAGAGUGUUCACUGAAUGAGUGCAACAGUAGAGAGUUGGUUCCAGUGUUAUGUGAACAUUGUCACAAAAACUACUGCCUCAGGUGAAUUUACAAAGUUUCAUGUAUCAGUCAAUAAUGACAAAAAAAGUAACAAACUUUGAAUUAAUGCAGGAAAUAACUGAAAUAAUGAUUAAUUUUGAAAAAUGAUGUAUAUUUUAAAGAGACAACUUCAAGAAGAAUUGCUGACUUGUAUAUGUCCAGAUGUACAAACAAAAUUAGUAAUGCAUCCUCCACAAGCUUGAUCAAACCUCUCCUUCACACCUUAAGGCCUCUUUCAUUUUUUUUUCCAAAGGGAUAAAAUCUGGUGUUUACCAUUUUGUACUCAAGCUAUUACAGGCAUUUUGUAACAAGAAGCUCAAAGUUUAUGAAUAAUUUAUUUGAAUUUUCAUGCAAAGCAGAGCAGUAAACUUGCCAGUCUUGAUUUUUCACCUCCAUAGACCUUCAAAUUUUGGUGAAAAACCAAGAUGGUGAUGAAGAACAUUUGGGCUUUGUGUGUCUUUUGUAAGAGUGACUGCUGACCAGAAAUGUUCCUUAUCACAGGCAUAGGCAUCAGGUUGAUCACCAGUGCCCAGGUCUCCCUCAGAAACAACCCAGAGUGACUCCUGAACAAAGAAUACAACAAAUCAUUGGUAAAGUCACUUGAUAGAGUAAGGUUCUGUAUACAAAAUUACAGCUGAACCUGUAUUAAGCAGCACUGUAUUUAGGGGUCACCUUGUAUCAAGUGGUUGCUUUUCAAAAUCCCAAAAUAUCUUCCUCUUAUUUACUGUAAUUUUCACCUCUGUUAAAGGUUCACCUCUAUUUAGGGGUUUAACUGUAUAUAGAAAGUGACAUCCAGGACAUGUAAUAAAUGACUAUUGAAAAGAUGAUGUGAGGGGCUAACUGGUUUGCAUCUUAUCUGAGGAGUAUUUCCACAAAACCUUAGUAGAGAAGGGAUCCAUGGAAGGAGAGCUGUAUAGAGCCUAAGGGACAUCAUUUUAUAAACCACCUUGACCUGGUUAUUCAAAGUCUCGUUAGGGCUAACCCAGGGUUACAUUUUAAUCUAGGUUUCUUUAUUUCUUUGUUCACAAGCCCUCAUGAGAUAAUUUUUUCUAUUCUCUUUAGGAUAUCCAAUAGUAAAAUUGUAGACAAAGAGAAUUGUACUGAAUUUUCUUUUAAAGCUUUCAGAUCUGAAGUCAGAUUUCACCUUAACCUUGGGUUAUCUUAAUCCAGCUUUGAAUAAUCCAGCGCUGGGCCAUAUACUGUCCAUCCUUCACUGGAGAUUUAGAAAUUUCUUAAGUCUAACAUUUGUGCAAAGUUGUGAAGUAAUCUAAAGUAAUAACUGCUACAAGAGUAUGAGUAUUUAAUCUUACCUUUUUCCUCCUUUUCAGUAUUUGAAUGUAUACCAAUGCCUGAACCCUCUGUUCCCUAACAUCAUUAUGCAUAUUCUCCAUACUGAUCUCUAUACAUUUCCUAAAAAUCUGACAACGAUAAUUUGUUUAACAAUCAAGAGCUUCUUUACUUGUGAUCAUCUCCUUUAUUCUUGUGUUCUUAACCCUUUGGCCCCUGAGACUGAUCAACAUCUAAUUUCUCCUUACAAUAUCACCCCUGAAUCAAACAUUAAGGUAAUGAGAAUAGAAGAAAUAAUCACCAACUAAAGAAGCUCCUGAUUGUUAAACAAGUUCUCCUUGUCAGCAACUUGGGAAACGUGUCCAGAACAGUAUGGAGAAUAUGCAUACCGAUUUCAGGGUGUAAAUGGUUAAGGGUUUUUAGGGUUAAAUAAUCAUUAUUUUUAACAUUUCAACAGGAAAAGAUCUUUGCAAAGAAAAGAAAGGUAUGUUUCUAGGGUCUCCUUAUCAUCUGUCUUAUGUGAGGGAAAAGUCAUCACCUCAAUAACCCUUUAACUCCCAAGAUCUGAUUGUUAAUUCUCCCCUCUUGCUACUACACAUUUCCUUGUAAAUUGAUUAAGAGAAUUAGAUGUUCAGUGUACGUGGGUUUCUUUGGAACACUGAGGAGCAAUGAUUGGUUUGCAAGGACUAUUUUCUCCUUGUGCAAACUCACAUUCUAGAUAGGUUUAGAAAAAUGCUUCUUUCUAGUUACAGUCCUCUAUUGUUUUUCUGUAUCCCUUUUCAAUUCCCAGUAAAAUUAUAAUUUCUUCAUUAUGCCCCAUACAUUAAUUCUGUCAAUCCAUAAAUGCAAAAGGUGUUUUGGAAAGUUGUCCUAUAAAGAGAAGAAAUGCACUGUUUUGUACCACUUUUUGUCAAACUGUAAGAUUUAAGAUUGUAGAAAGGUCUACACCCUAUUCCCCAUCUGAAGCUGUUUUUACCUCUUUAUAUACCUUUAUAUAUGUACAAUUAUUACUCAGUGGUAAGUGAAGAGUAUUGUGUGAUUUACCUUCAUCUUUGUGAUGGUACCAUUUUUGUUUUAGGUCGUGGGGGUGUGAGAAAUGAAAGCCGCGCAGCUAAAGUUGCUCUGAUGAAGAUCAAGAUGAAAGCUACUGGAGAUUGUUCAAUUCCUCAGGUUUGUCAGGUCAAGUCCAUACAGAGCCAUUUUUAAUAAUAUCAAGGUUCAGAAAUACUCCAUAUGAUUUCACUUGUUUUGCUUCAAUGCUUCACUUGUCUGGUUCAAGAAGAUGUCAUCUACAUUAACCAAUCAGAUACAAAACUAGAAGCAUUUGACUCCUUUUAAAUUUUUCUUUGUCCUGGUCAGCUUUUAAGGGUUGCCUUCACCUUAGAUUUACCACGCUCAGCAGUUAUAUCUGAGUGUAACCUACUACCAUUGAGGACGCCCUUGACCCUGUACAACAUUAAGAGGUCCGGUGUUUAGCUAGGUGUUAGGAAACGUAAGGGUAACUUCAUAGCGUAAGGAGUUACCUUUAAUGGACUGGUAUCUAGUCCAGUAUGGUUGGCAAUAAUCCAAGUCACUUGGAGCCGGUUAUUGUACACGAGGUCUAACCCAGACCACAGUUUAACACAAUCAGUGCGCUUCAGGUUUUCUUUAUAAGAGGGUCGAUUUUGUUAAAUAAAUGUCCUUCCACUGUAAGCUUUCGGCCGACUUGACACUGUUCACGAAGAAAGGUCCACAGAAAGGUCCAACUAAAUUGAGGAUUAUUCAAGGCGCAGUUUUGGUAAAGAACGACUGAACUUUGUUUGAAGAAUCGGACCUUAAUGCUACAGAAACCAGGAUAAGUUGUAGCUCUAGAGAUGACCUCCAGGAUUGUAACACUGAGCCUCGAAUCAUUAACCCCUCGAUUAUUUGUGAAAACUGAUUUUUUUUCUGUCGUGCUGCUCCAUCAUUUGCUGACCACUCCUGAGCCAACUUGACAGACCCAUCAGCGAACUUUCUGCCUUUUUGUUGCGCCCAAUGUUAGAAAAAGUCUGCUUUCCUUUUUCUUAGGAGGAACGAAUCUAUCUCAGAGUUCUCAUGCCUCUUGGUAAUAAAGAACGAGAAUAUCCAAUGUACUUCUCCAAGGUGAGAACAACACAAAAGACAAUUACGUUAGUAUCUUGUGCCUUUUUUCCUUUCCUUUCUGUUACGUUAAUAACUCGCACAAUGUUUCCUUUCUUUUCUGUUUGUUUGUUACGUUCGUAUCCCGCGCACUGUUUCUUUUCUUCUCUGUUUGUUUAUGUUAGUAUCUCGCGCAUUGUUUCUUUUCUUCUCUGUUUGUUUAUGUUAGUAUCUCGCGCACUGUUUUCUUUUCUUCUCUGUUUGUUUAUGUUAGUAUCUCGCGCACUGUUUUCUUUUCUUUUCUGUUUGUUUGUUACGUAAGUAUCUCGCGCACUGUUUUCUUUUCUGUUUGUUUGUUACGUAAGUAUCUCGCGCACUGUUUUCUUUCUUUUCUGUUUGUUUGUUACGUAAGUAUCUCGCGCACUGUUUUCUUUCUUUUCUGUUUGUUUGUUACGUUAGUAUCUCGCGCACUGUUUUCUUUUCUGUUUGUUUGUUACGUAAGUAUCUCGCGCACUGUUUUCUUUUCUGUUUGUUUGUUACGUUAGUAUCUCGCGCACUGUUUUCUUUCUUUUCUGUUUGUUUGUUACGUUAGUAUCUCGCUGUUUUUCUUUUCUGUUUUUUUUUCUUUCUGUUUGUUUGUUACGUUUUCUCGUUUCGCGCACUGUUUUCUUUUUUUCUUUUUGUUUUACGUUAGUAUCUCGCGCACUGUUUUUGUUUUCUUUUCUGUUUGUUUGUUACGUUAGUAUCUCGCGCACUGUUUUGUUUUCUUUUCUGUUUGUUUGUUACGUUAGUAUCUCGCGCACUGUUUUUCUUUUCUGUUUGUUUGUUUGUAUCUCGCGCACUGUUUGUUUUCUUUUCUGUUUGUUUGUUACGUUAGUAUCUCGCGCACUUUUUUUCUUUUCUGUUUUUUGUUUCGUUUUUCUGUUUUCUUUUGUUUUUGUUUGUUACGUUAGUAUCUCACUGUUUUUUCUUUUCACUGUUUUUUCUUUUCUGUUUUCUUUUUUUUUUCUGUUUGUUUGUUACGUUAGUAUCUCGCGCACUGUUUUUUUCUUUUCGUUUGUUUUUCGUUUUUCUCUUUUGUUUUCUUUUCUGUUUGUUUGUUACGUAAGUAUCUCGCACUGUUUUCUUUUCUGUUUGUUUGUUACGUUAGUAUCUAUCGCGCUUUUUUUUUUCUUUUGUUUUUUUCUUUCUUUUCUGUUUGUUUGUUCGUUUCGUAUCUGUUUUCUUUUCUGUUUGUUUGUUACGUUAGUAUCUCGCGCACUGUUUUUUUUUUUUUCUUUUUUUUGUUUUGUUACGUUGUAUCUUGUUUUCUUUUUCUGUUUGUUUUUUCUGUUUGUUUUUCUUUUCUUUUUGUUUGUUUGUUACGUUUUUCUUUUUUUCUUUUCUUUUCUGUUUGUUUUUGUUUACGUUUUUCUUUCUUUUCACUUUUUCUUUCUUUUCUGUUUGUUUGUUACGUUCGUAUCUCGCGCACGUUUUUUUUUUUCUUUUUUUUGUUUGUUUGUUACGUUCGUAUCUCGCGCACUUUUUUUUUCUUUUCUGUUUGUUUGUUACGUUUGUAUAUUUUUUUUUCUUUUUGUUUGUUUUUCUGUUUGUUUUUACUUUUUUCUUUUCUUUUCUGUUUGUAUCUCGCGCAUCUCGUUUUUUUUCUUUCUUUUCUGUUUGUUUGUUACGUUCGUAUCUAGCCCACUGUUUCUUUUCUUUUCUGUUUGUUUGUUACGUUCGUUUCUCGCGCACCGUUUCUUUUCUUUUCUGUUUGUUUGUUACGUAAGUAUCUCGCGGACUGUUUUCUUUUCUUUUCUGUUUGUUUGUUACGUUAGUAUCUCGCGGACUGUUUUCUUUUCUUUUCUGUUUGUUUAUUACGUUAGUAUCUCGCGCACUGUUUUCUUUUCUUUUCUGUUUGUUUGUUACGUAAGUAUCUCGCGGACUGUUUUCCUUUCUUUUCUGUUUGUUUGUUACGUUUGUAUCUCGCGCACUUUUUUCUUUCUUUUCUGUUUGUUUGUUACGUUUGUAUCUCGCGCACUUUUUUCUUUCUUUUCUGUUUGUUUGUUACGUUCGUAUCUAGCCCACUGUUUCUUUUCUUUUCUGUUUGUUUGUUACGUUAGUAUCUCGCGCACCGUUUCUUUUCUUUUCUGUUUGUUUGUUACGUAAGUAUCUCGCGGACUGUUUUCUUUUCUUUUCUGUUUGUUUAUUACGUAAGUAUCUCGCGCACUGUUUUCUUUUCUUUUUCUGUUUGUUUGUUACGUAAGUAUCUUGCGGACUGUUUUCUUUUCUUUUCUGUUUGUUUAUUACGUUAGUAUCUCGCGCACUGUUUUUUUUCUUUUCUGUUUGUUUGUUACGUUUUUUCGCGCACUUUUUUUUCUUUUUGUUUGUUUGUUACGUUCGUAUCUAGCCCACUGUUUUCUUUUCUUUUCUGUUUGUUUGUUACGUUCGUUUUAGUUUCUUUUCUUUUCUGUUUGUUUGUUACGUAAGUUUCGCGGACUGUUUUUUUUUUUCUGUUUGUUUGUUACGUUAGUAUCUCGCGGACUGUUUUCUUUUCUUUUCUGUUUUUUUAUUUUUCUGUUUUUCUUUUCUGUUUGUUUGUUACGUAAGUAUCUCGCGGACUGUUUUCCUUUCUUUUCUGUUUGUUUGUUACGUUUGUAUCUCGCGCACUUUUUUCUUUCUUUUCUGUUUGUUUGUUACGUUUGUAUCUCGCGCACUUUUUUCUUUCUUUUCUGUUUGUUUGUUACGUUCGUAUCUAGCCCACUGUUUCUUUUCUUUUCUGUUUGUUUGUUACGUUAGUAUCUCGCGCACCGUUUCUUUUCUUUUCUGUUUGUUUGUUACGUAAGUAUCUCGCGGACUGUUUUCUUUUCUUUUCUGUUUGUUUAUUACGUAAGUAUCUCGCGCACUGUUUUCUUUUCUUUUUCUGUUUGUUUGUUACGUAAGUAUCUUGCGGACUGUUUUCUUUUCUUUUCUGUUUGUUUAUUACGUUAGUAUCUCGCGCACUGUUUUCUUUUCUUUUCUGUUUGUUUGUUACGUUAGUAUCUCGCGCACUGUUUUCUUUCUUUUCUGUUUGUUUGUUACGUUAGUAUCUCGCGCACUGUUUCUUUUCUUUUCUGUUUGUUUGUUACGUAAGUAUCUCGCGCACUGUCUUUCUUUUCUGUUUGUUUGUUACGUUAGUAUCUCGCGCACUGUUUUCUUUUCUUUUCUGUUUGUUUGUUACGUUAGUAUCUCGCGCACUGUUUUCUUUUCUUUUCUGUUUGUUUGUUACGUUAGUAUCUCGCGCACUGUUUUAUCUCUUCUAUUUGUUUGUUACGUUAGUACCUCGCGCUCUGUUUCCUUUCUUUUCUGUUUGUUUAUUACGUAAGUAUCUCGCGCACUGUUUCCUUUCUUUUCCGUCGGUUACGUUAGUAUCUCGCGCUUUGUUUGCUCUUUUUUUGUUUGUUACGUUCGUAUCUCGCGCACUGUUUCUUUUCUUUCCUGUUUGUUUGUUACUUUAGUAUCUCGCGCUCAGUUUACUUUUUUUUCUGUUUGUUUGUUACGUAAGUAUCUCGCGCUCUGUUUCCUUGUCUGUUGGUUUGUUACGUUAGUAUUUCACGCACAGUUUCCUUUCUUUUCAGGUUGUUUGUUAGGUUAUUUUCUCGCGCUCUGUUUCUUUUCUUUUCUGAUCGUUUGCUGCGUUAGUAUCUCGUACAUUGUUUUCUUUCUUUGAUUGUUACGUUAUUAUCUUGUACAGUGUUUUUUCUUCCUCUUUCUUUAUUGUGUUAGUAUAUCACGACUUCUUUUCUCGUUUCUGUUUACCUUAAAGUUUUUUCAACAAAGGCUGGUGAGUGUAAGUCCGGAUGACUUUUUCUGGGCCCACUCACUUCAGCCUAUCUAGUCAUACACACUUUAAGUUUCAUUAUGGUUUUCUCUGGGAUUGCGUGCGCGGGGCCGGUUUGGUUAAAUGAUAAUCUGCAAUAGAUUGAGGAAUCAUGCAGAGAGAGAUAAAGGGAGACCUUAUUACUUUUACGUGUUCACUAUGAAGGGCGUCUUUUCACUGAACUCUCCAGUCCUAUUAGCCGCUGAGUGUGAUGGUACUUGCCAAAUGAGAACUACUGGAUACUUUAGUAUUCAUGCUCAACGGAUGUGAAUGUAGCGAGAAAAACGAAAAUGUCAUAACUUUUCAGUAAUUUUCGGUUUGAACUUUAGUACUGGACGGUGGGAAAAGUCAUCGACAAAAUUGCGGUCACUGCAAGACUGAAAAAUGAUAAUAACAAGGCAGUAGCAAAGGUAAGAACUGUCUAACGGCCUAAUACUGUUCCGUGUGAAAUGUUAGGAAGCAUGAGCUUACUUAAUGUUGCGUCCUUGUUGCUUGUUUUGAUUGAAUCACUGAUUGAUCGAGGUUUAAAAACCCUGUUCGUCCAACCUCUUGUUCCUUGAUCUUUCUUCAUUUUGUUUUCGUCUUCCGGACUUACGAACUUCACCCAUAAGGGUCACAUGAUUCACAUUGCUAUUUCAUCCCCUCCCCUCCCCGUUCCUUUACAAUGCUGUUAUGUUCUAGAGAAGAUGAUCCUCGUUAUUUUAACCCUUUGGCCCCUGAAAGUGACUGGUUUCUAAUUUCUCCUUACGGUAGCCACCUUGAAUCAAAUGUAGGUCAUGAGAAUAAAGGAAAUGAUCACUAACACAAGAAGCUCCUAAUGGGUUAAAAACAAAUUCUCCUUGUCAGUACCAUGGGAAAUGUAUCGAAUACCGUACAGAGAGGAUGAAGAAGAGAAGGGAUGGCGCAAAUGCGAGAGCGCUCGCCUCCCACCAUUGUAGCCUGGGUUCGAUUUGCGGACCUGGUGUCACGUGGGUUGAGUUUGUUGUUGGUUCUCGUCCUUGCUCCUAAGGUUUUUCUCCAGACCUCCGGUUUUCCUCCCUCCUCAAAACCAACGUUCUGAAUUCUAAUUCGACAUGGAAACAGUGGAUAAGAAGAGCCAAUUAAUGGAUUGUCUACUGCGAAAUCCAUUUCUUUGUUAUUUAAAUCCCAUCUAAAGGGUGUGAAGGAGUAAAGUCCCAGUGGUUUAUUAUGGAAGCAUUAUGGAAACCCACCAAUGAUUACUACCUGUCGCCAGAUAUAUAUAUAUAUAUAUAUAUAUAUAUAUAUAUAUAUAUAUUUCAAAGCUUGCCUCUUUACGUUUUCGAGCCUUUACGCUUAAAUCAGCCUCUAAUUGCAAUAUUGUAAUUCUCAAUCUUAUUAGAAGCUACGACUGUUCCACGGAAGUUCUGGAGAUGUUCUAGACUUACAAAAUCCUUUGGAACAUUUUCAGACGCAAGAUAAUUGCCCAGUGUUAAGUGGAAGCACAGUUGUUUUAGAAUAUGUGGAUGAACAAUGCACUCAACUGCUUACAAAUCGAGACAAAUAUCCCACGUGAACG